CCUGGCAGGUCCCUCCAAGAUCACCUCCACCAGCCGCUAAGCAGGCCCGCGCAAUUGAAGCAAGCACGCGUGCGCACGCCCCCCAGGCAAUCAGUAACCCGCUAACACCGACAACGCGCCAGCUACAAAAACCCAACCCACUCCCCGAUCUUCUCUUCUCGCCAUCAACUUCCAAUCUACAACAGCAUCUUCUCGCCUCACAACAACUUACUCAACGCACGAGUUCUUACUCAACCGACACGACCAACCCACACACUUUUUUUCAAACCUCUUUUCCAUCUUUCGAAAUGGCUCCCAAGGCUGCUGACAAGAAGCCCGCCUCCAAGGCUCCCGCUACUGCCUCCAAGGCUCCUCAGGAGAAGAAGGAUGCCGGCAAGAAGACUGCCGCCUCUGGCGACAAGAAGAAGCGCUCCAAGACCCGCAAGGAGACCUACUCUUCUUACAUCUACAAGGUCCUCAAGCAGGUCCACCCCGACACUGGUAUCUCCAACCGUGCCAUGUCCAUCCUGAACUCUUUUGUCAACGACAUCUUCGAGCGCGUCGCUUCUGAGGCCUCUAAGCUUGCCGCCUACAACAAGAAGUCCACCAUCUCUUCCCGAGAGAUCCAGACCUCUGUCCGUCUCAUCCUCCCCGGUGAGCUUGCCAAGCACGCCGUCUCUGAGGGUACCAAGGCGGUUACAAAGUACUCUUCCUCGACAAAAUAAGUGCUUUGAUGGCUUGAUUUUUGGGCAUUUGGUUUUUCACGCGUGGCAUCAGGGUGUCAUGAGUCCGAGGUUUCACGGGGAUCCAGCCCUGUUUUAGGGGCCUCAUAAUGCGUUACGGAUGGUUUUGUUUUAUUUCCUGGGGGCAAUGUCUUCACACACGGGCAACGGGGUUCGCGGUUGUACAAUAAACAUCGAGAAUAGGGUCUCGAUCAAAUGAAUUCGUGCACAUAAGCUUUGUGUCCCAUCCUUUUACUGUUACAUGUGUGUCCUGUUUGAUGCCUUUAGUUUCUAAUCUCUACAGUUUAUUGCGUUCCUCAAACUCCAUGAAAGUGUCGUUUUAAACAUGACCAACUUCUAUCCCAGUCCAGCUUUCGAGCGCUUCAUUGUAUGAGUAACAGGUUGCAUUAUGCCCUUGUUGUUAGAAGCCCCGAGCGCAGUCCCCAUACUCCAGCCCAUCUUCUCCAGCAUCGCUCUUCCACGGUUCUCGAUGCCCAAUUCUGGCGCUGAAGCACCAACCACCUCACCAUCUUGAUAUGUAGCAGCCGCGACGGAAGUGCCACCACGAGCAGACGGCAAGCGAUUCCCUUUCUUGCCCUUCUUGUCCGACCGAGGAAGAUACUUGCGAUUAACGCGCUUGAGAGCUUGAUCGAAUGUUGCUGGGACGUAGGGAGGUGUGCGCUUUGUCCGAUGAAGUGUCGGUCUUCGUUGGUCGCCUUUUCCAAUUGACUUGGACUUGAGUUUGAAUUUACUCGCCAGCUCGUGGAUCAUCUUGCGCGCAUUGUUAUCCAUAGGGGGGAAAUUAAGUCUGUAAUUAGUCAGUUGAAAUUCAUAAAUAACCUGAUGACAACUCACUGUUCGUCAGAACCCAUCAGGAAUGUUUGUAGCUCGUCUGCGACUU